CCACUUCCUGCAUUAUUUCUGCUCAGAAGAGAGGAGAGCAGUGUUGUUAGUUUGAACAAAAUGGCUGCAGGAGCGCUGUCAACGAGAGCUUACUGAACGCAUAUUAUGACUGUCCACUCCUACGUUUGGAUUCCUCGAGAAUGUAUUUUGUGGGAUUCUUUUUUUCAAGUUGCAUUUGUGCGGUAGUCAGCUCGUCGGUCAGAUGUUGUUGCUAGCCUGCUAGCUCUUCAGCUAGCGACCUAAACAACAAACAUUUCCUUUGCACUUUAAUACAAGUUGGCUUGCGCCAUCAGUUCUAUGCGAAGUCAUCGGCUAAUGUUAUUCUCUGAAAGCUGCCUGAUUUAUUUCUAAUCUGUAAAAUAUUGCUACAGUGGAUGACUAUCGCCAACUAGUUUCAGCAUAUUGCCUGCUUUUUGAAGAUACAGUACUUGUCUCUAAUGUUUUUCGGUAGCUAGCUGUGCUUUUUUCUAUAACGUUAUCGUGCUACUUUGAAGUUCGUCGUUGUUAUUAGCAAGAAUUGUUACACUUCAUUUUUGCUCUAUACAUACAAAGUACUUGAUGUAUCUGGCUGGCCAGCUGGCUACAAUUUGCCUCGGUAUUUUUGUUAUGAAAAGCUGCUCUGGCGGUAAUCCAGUCAGUAAGCUGCGGUCGCACGACAGCUGAACCUUGCUGCCGCUAGCAGUCUGCGACCACGACUGAAACCCUGAACUCCAGAAUCAUUUUUACGGGUACUCGAGAAGAAAAAGGCUUCAAAAAUGGUUUUCCACAUCCAUUUCUGCCAUGCACCAAUUCGCAAUUAAAAGCUGCCAAACCUCGACGUGUGAAGACGCAAGCUGAGAGAAGCUAGCAGAACGAGCAGAGAACCAUUUGAUGGAAGAAAAGAAAAAGAAAAAGCACGACGAAAAGAACAAGAAAGACGCCGCUCAGAAGAAGGUUGCUGACCUGAAAACCAAAGUGCCAGAACCUUCUAAGCCCGGCCCCCUCCUCCACCACCACCACCCCAGCGCCAACCCCUCACACCCCCCCGCCACCUCCACGGGCGCCAACGGCGGCAAUGGCAAGCGCACCCUCCCCGGUGCCCAACAGACACCGUCAGCCCAGCAGCAGAGCCAGCCUUCCUCCUCCUCCUCCUCAGGCCCCCGCUACCCGCCCCGCGAGGUGCCCCCUCGCUUCCGCCAGCAAGAGCACAAGCAGCUGCUGAAGAGGGGACAGCCCCUGCCCACAGGCGCCCUCAGCGCCCUCGCCUUCCCCGCCCCGCCCGCAGGCUCCUCCCCUUCCCAGGAGGCCACGCCCUCUCGGAGCUCCGCCUCCUCGUCCUCCGGCCCGGGCAAAAAACGCAACUCAGACCAGUCCCUCCAGGGUGGCCUUGGUGCCCAGUAUGAGAAUCCCCAUUGGGGAGCUCUACCACCACCCAACAGCAGCAACAGUCCCAGCGAAACCUUCAGCAGCUGGGAUCAAGUGAUCAUCGACGGCAGCGACACGGACGCCUGGCCCUCCAUCAGCCGCAGCAGCGCCGACAGCCGCCCGGCGCCACCAGAAUGCCCCUCCGUCACUAGCGACGGCACCCUGAACGCCAGCGCCACCAACACCUCCACCAGCAGCAGCAGGAACAUGAGCAUGGCCACGGGGGCUGCCAGCCAGCAGGCCCACUACCCCUCCUCUCUCAAGGCUAAUGCUAACGCUAGCAUGAUGGCGGGCCCCGGAGCCGCCGUGGGCAGCAGGGGCUGGGGCCCCGAGGGGAAGCCCGAAGGCCUGGGGAUGAGCGGGGGCCGCGCCGGAGCUCCCAGCUGGAACUCGGCACCCAACUUUAACCUGAACCUUAACCCCAACGCCAACCCCUCUGCCUGGCCCGCGCUGGGCCAAGAGGGGGGUGGGAUGGGCAACGCCGGCUCCGGCUCGUCCAACCCCCAGUCGAUGCAGCCCGGGAUGUGCGGGAGCCAGGCAGGCAACGGCAUGGGGAACGGCGGACUGGGUGGAGACGGCGGCGGGGGAGGGAACUCCUGGGGUGGCAUGAUGAGCCCCGACAACCCCUCCCCGAACUCGAAUGCGUCUUUCAACAUGGAGCCGUCCAGCCUCAACGCGGACGGACCGCACCACCACAAAAAACAGCAGCCCAACCCGGAGCCCAUGAGCCCCAUCCACGGCCUGCCCGGCUGGGGGGGCCAGUCCCCCACCGAGUCCUCCCAGCUCAACGGGGACACGGGCAGCUCCGUCUGGGGCAACGGGGACUCCAAGACCUCCGGCAACAACGACUCCUCCUCCAAGGACUCCGGCUGGGACUCUGCCCCCUCCGGAGGCCUCUCAGCCUGGGGCCGCGGUGGAGGCGGAGGCGGGGGCAGCGGAGGAGCAGGAGGAGGCUGGGGAGACUGGGGGAAGCCGGCUGGGGGCGGGAACAACGAGUCCAAAGGCUGGGACUCGCCGUCCGACAACGCCGGAGCGGACCAAUCUCUGAGCUCCUGGGGCCAGCAGCCAGGCACAGCCCCGGCCAGCGAUGGCAGUGGGGGCAGCAGCGAGGGGCAUGGACACAGGAGGGAGAGGUCCUCCAGCAUGGACGUCCAGCCCCCACCCCUGCCCCGCCAGGACCUGGACCCCAGGGUGCUCUGCAACACGGGCUGGGGCCAGACCCCAGUCCGCCAGCACACCGUCUGGGAGAUGGAGGAGGCAGCUGCCGCCGCUGCGGCCGCCGCCGCCGCCACGGAGCGCAAGAGCUCCAAUGGCAGCAUCGCCGACAACUGGGGCAGCCCCAAUGGACCCUCCUCCUCCGGACCCCCGCCGCCCACCAACGGUGGACCCAGUAACCCCAAUAUGGGAGCCCCACAGCGGCCAGGCUCCGGGGGCAAGAGCGAUAACCAGGGUGGGUCCUCCUCAGGAUGGGGAGGUCCGCCGCCUCAGCAGACCCAGUCUGGAUGGGGAGAGCCGGCCCCAGCCAGCAAGGCCCCCAACGGCACCGGCAGAGGCUGGGGAGAGCCCAUGCCUUGUGGGCCCAACGCUACCAACAACGGCCCCAAGAACGGACCUCAGUCCUGGGGCUCCUCGGAGGACAAGUCCCCUACCUGGGAGGAUGGGCCAGGGAAGCCCCAGAGCCAGACAUGGGGAGAGGGGCCCAAGGCCUCCCAGGGCUGGGGCAACGCCAGUGGAGGCUCCAACAGCUCCAGCGGAGGAGGAGAGUGGGGAGAACCUGCCGAGGUGAAGAAGAACGGCUCGUCCAGCAGCAUGUGGGAGGGAGAGAACGGAGGAGGAGGAGGAGGAGGUGGUGGUGGAGGAGGAGGAGGUGGAGGAGGUGGUGGAGGAGGAGGAGGUGGAGGAGGUGGAGGAUGGAAGGACAGCCCGAGAGGGAACAAUGGAAACGGAGGUUGGGGAAAGCCUGCCCCUGCUGUAGGAGGGAACUGGGGGGAAACCCCACGCCCCAACGGCCCUGCGCCCGGCUGGGGGGGCAAGCCCCAAGACGCGCCCAACGGCGGUAGUGGCAGUGGAGGAGGGAUGGGUUCCUGGGGAGGCCCCGCCUCCGUGAAGCAGAGCUCCAACUGGGGGGGAGGAGGAUCAGGAGGAUCAGGAGGAGGAGGAGGAGGAGGAGGGAAACAGGACCCUGGCAUGGAGCCCACGGGCUGGGAAGAGCCGUCCCCUCCCUCCAUCCGCCGCAAGAUGGAGAUCGACGACGGCACGUCCACCUGGGGCGACCCCGACGCCUACAACAAGACCGUCAACAUGUGGGACAAGAACAACCCCAAUGGUCACCCAGGGAACAACCACCCGCCGCCCAGCAAGAACGGAGGAGGAGGAGGAGGAGGCGGCAUGGGAACCAACGCCAACAGCAACCAUCACUCCGUUCCCCCCGGCAACAACAACAACAACCACCAUCAUCACCACCACCAUCACCACCACCACCCGCACCAUGGCCAGCCCCCCCCACCACACCCCCAGCACCACGGCAACAACAACAGCUCGCCCAAUACAGUGGCACCACACCAGGGAGGGGCCCCCCAGGGGAGACCCCCCCUCGCCAAUCCAGGCUGGGGAGAGCUGCCCAGCAGCGCCCAGCCCAAGUCGGAGCCAGCUUGGGGGGAGCCCGCCACCCCGUCCGCCUCCGUGGACAACGGCACCUCCGCGUGGGGCAAGCCCCCGGGGGGCGUGGGGAGCUGGGGGGACGGGGGCCACGGGGGCCACGAGCCCUCUGGACCCUACGGCAGGAGCAACGGGCCCCCCGUGUCUGCGCCCUGCAAGCCAGGUCCGCUCCACCGUCCCCCGGCCCCCAAACCUAUGCAAGAUGGCUGGGGCGGCGCAGGCGAGGAGAUGGACAUGCCGUCUGGCCAAUGGGACGCUGACAACGGGGACAUGUGGAGCGGCCCCGCCUCCCAGGAGAGCGGCUCCUCCUCCUGGGGCAACCAGCCCAAAAAGGGCCCGCCAAAGGGGAAGAUGCUCUCCAAGCCAGACGAGGCCUAUAUGAACCGCCUCAUCAAGCAGCUCACCGACAUGGGCUUCCCGAGGGAGCCUGCAGAGGAGGCUUUGAAGAGCAACAACAUGAAUCUGGACCAGGCCAUGAGCGCUCUGCUGGAGAAGAAGACGGAGCUGGAUAAGAGAGAUGGCAUGGCCGACUACAACAACGGCAUGAACAAGCCCUUACUGUAGCCGCCCCCAAGCCCUCUCCAAGACCCCUCCUCCGACCGCAGCCCCUUCCUGGAUAAGGACGGUGUUAUUUCAGAUGACGCCCCCUCCUCACCGUUUAUGCCUUCUCCCAGCCUGAAGCUCCCCUCCAUGGGCGGUGGCAGCCUGCAGGGCCUGGGCUCACAGGGGCUGGCCAUGCAAAACUUGAACAACAGACAGAUGCAGAGUGGAAUGUUUGGCAGUAGCGGAGCAGCACAAGCCCGGCCCAUGCAGCAGCAGCAGUCUCCCCAGCCGUCAGUGCCACCUCUCAGCUCCUCCCAGCCUAGUCUACGAGCUCAAGUGCCUCAGUUACUCUCCCCUCAGGUUCAAGCACAGCUCUUGCAGUUUGCAGCAAAAAACAUUGGUCUGAACCCUGCACUUUUAACCUCACCAAUUAACCCUCAACAAAUGACCCUGUUGUACCAACUUCAGCAACUGCAAAUGUGGAACCAAAACACAAUCUCUUGCACAAACAGACAAAUAUACUCAACCACAUCCAGAAUCACACCUUCAGAAAUCCCCACGCAAUUUUUUUUCUUCUUCCUUUUUUCUCUUCAACAAAUGUUCAUCCAUUUCCUCUCCCCCGCCUCUGGGUUUCAGAUCGACGGCUCCACUCUGCGCACGCUGUGCAUGCAGCACGGCCCCCUCAUCACAUUCCACCUCAACCUGACCCAGGGCAACGCGUUGGUGCGCUACAGCUCCAAGGAGGAGGCCGCCAAGGCCCAGAAAUCCCUGCACAUGUGCGUGCUGGGGAACACCACCAUCCUGGCCGAGUUCGCCGGGGAAGAGGAGGUCAACCGCUUCUUUGCACAAGGCCAGUCGCUCCCGCCCACCACCAGCUGGCAGGCCAACCCGGGCACCAAUCAGACGCGGAUGGGCGGGGCGUCGCAGUCGCACGCCAUCGGCCACUGGAGCAGCGGCGGCGGGGGGGGCGGGCUCGGAGGCAAGACGGGCGGCGGCGAGCUGCUGUGGGGGGGCGUGCCCCAGUACUCCAGCCUGUGGGGGCCCCCCGGCGGAGACGACGGGCGCGGGAUAGGGAGCCCCACCCCCAUCAACACCCUGCUGCCUGGAGACCUGCUGAGUGGGGAGUCCAUGUAGGUCACACUAACCACAACAGCUCCCCCCACCCACCCCCCGCUGUGCCUGCCAGCAGAGGAGAGAGAGGAAAACAAAUAAAACAUUUCAACUAAACAGGAGCAAAACCAAGCAAAUCAUGUGGCGAUAAUCAGUAUCAAUUGAACUGUGAAUCGUAUAGCAGAAGGAUGGGGUCUUCACACACAAGACUGCAGACCCCAGUCCCUUCUAGAUUUACCGUGUCUUUUUAUGUCCGAGUUCUUUUAACACUGGGGGGAGAUUUACUCGUGUUCCUGGAAUACAACAGAAGAAACACAUGAGACAGAGACAAAUGACUCAAUAAAAAGAGAACCUUUUAAGGGAUUUUUUUUUUGUUUCACGUAAAUAUUGUGUGAAGUGUCUUUAGUUUUGUUUUUCAAAAAAAGCAAUCGAAGAAGCUGCCAUUUGAAAACGUUCCUUCGCCCCUGAAUCCCAAAUUAAAAACAAAACUACCAUUCCCAGCAUGCCCGUGGCCAACGAUAGGGUUCAAAGACCUUUUUACUUAUCAUGUUCACAUUCGUUUUCUCAGCACUAAUAUUAGCCUUAAGUGCUCUCUGGCCCAGGUUCUUCUCAAGACGCCUUUUUUUUUGGUUUGGUUGUAAAACCGAAGAAAAAGUUGCACAGUGUCAUCUCUGAACCAGCAAGCGGGGCAGGACACUAGAGACGUAUACCAAGUCAGACUGCAGUAUGAGGCCUGUCUGCGCUGGCCCUUACCAAACCAUUUCCGAUUGAUUGUUCACAAAGGGAAUAACACUGCUGUUUCUACAUUUCUUUUGUAUUACCCGGGGCGCAAUUUUUUGAUAUAUAUAUAUGAAUCGCAACAUAAGCUGAGAGAAGAUGAAUGCGUCUGCUCAUUGAGUGUACACAUGGAGUUUCUCUGGUGGCACCUAAUCAUCAUAGACGUCUGUAAGUCCAGACCCCCCCCCCCCCUUCGCUGAGAAGAAGACCUAACUUCUACUGUGCUCACCUGCAGUACUACAGGUGCUUGUCCACGCACGGGUCGGCUCGUCAAUUCCGUUUCCCUCGUCCGGUAGGGUCCACCGCCAGUUCCUGGGGGGGGGGGGGGGGGGGAACCAAGCAAAUGAAAUGACUUCACCUCGACAGUUACAUAGUGCAAUAUACGCCACAGACUCUUCCGUCCACAAGCAAAUCCACCAGAGCUGGUUCCUCCAGACUUUUCCUUUGGUGAUGGGAUCGAAACAAAUCUAUUUUGGGACUACAAAAAAAAAAAAACCUUCUUGAAACAUGGAUCCCUUCCAGACCCCUAACACCGCCUCGCCCCCAACCCUGGGACUGUUGGGCCAAACUCUGCAUAGAGGAGGAGCUGGUAUUAACUGAGUGUUCAGAGGCUGUUCUGCAGUCUGAACCCACUCGUACACAGCUAGGGGUACGCAGGAAUGCACUGCACAUCCUCUCUGCACACCACAGACACACCCAACUGAGACAGCUGGGGUUAUGGAGGGGCUGGGGGGGUCUGGCACAAAACCAAAUACGAGAGGUUUCUUCUAAUGCAGUAGAUCUAUGAGUAUUCCUUGCAUUUGGUACUGUACAACAACAAAAAAACAUGACAAACCUUGACAUGACCUUUUUCUAUUUCAAAGGGUUUUACCAUAGCACUUACGAAAGAGCAAAUCGCUUCAACUGCAAUCCAAUAAAUCAGAAAAAGGAGCUAAACUAAACAACAACAAAAAACAAAAAAAAAAAACAACUCCUGCUCCUUUUUUGUACUGUAUCUAGACUUGGAAAUAUGUCUGGCAUACUAAGUUGUUCCACUUUGGUCCAAGAACUUGAAAUGGACAAGAAUGAACUUCAGAAACGGUAGCAGGAGGAAAAACUGAAAUGUACUAUCGUAAAAAGACAAAAAAAAAACAACAAAAAAAACUGCGGUGUAUGAUUGUUUUUUUUUUUUGGUAUUGUUUUUUUUUCCCUCUUCUUUGAACAAUAUCAAAGUGAAUAUCACUGUUACUCCAAAUGUUUAGCCUUGGUUGUGUCCAGAGGCGCUAGACAUGCAAUGUUACCCGUCUCCGGCGCCCGCCAGUGGGUCGGAGUUGGGGUGGAGAUGGGGAGGGUCCACUGAGUGCCUCUCUGCUGUGGUGUCCUUGGCGUCGGCCGGGUCGGUUGGUAGCCCUCCGCAGCACUUCCUCCAGGGCUGGCACCAAGCCCCCCCCCCCCCCCCCCCCACUGGACCCCUCUCCUCAGCCCAGGCAGGAAACGGCUCCUCCAAGACUGGCCAAUCAACACGGAGCUGCCGAGCCGCCUGCCAGCACUCGACCGCCGUCGUCGCGCCCUCUCCCGUCUCCCCCUCCUUUCACACAAAGAUCACUUUAGCUGGAAGUCGAGACAGUCAUAUUUCUGGAAUUUGCCAGUGUUGUUUUGAUUUGAAUGAUUUCUUUUUGUAUUAUUUUUUUUUUUUGUUGUUGUUGACCUAUUUGAUGUUGUAGAUUUGUUUUGUCGUGUGUCUACAUGCAGUGGUCUUCAAACCAGCUGCUGAACUAGCCCUUCACUGUUCAUAUGCAGAAAACACUUUGGUCAGAGGUGCCUCUGCAAUUUCAUCCUGUGUAUUGAAUGCAAAACAAGGAUCAAUACUGCAGACUGUCGUUGAUUGUCUAAUCGUUAUUACUGAUCAUGCUUUGGUGUUGUUUCGGGACAGUAUUCUGUAGUACUUCCAGGUAGUAUGUCCAGGCGCGUCUCAGACGGGGUGAGUGUGUCCCGGCCCUCGCUGCUCCGCCUGCCCGCUGACUGUCCCCACCCCCACGCCGCCCUUUGCCUAGCUGCUACGCUACCCCCAUCCUCCUCUCUAACCCUGCCCAGACCACCGGCCCCGAAACGGACCAGACAGGUCCCACGACUCUGUUUCUAUGCAAAAACUAGAGGCUGGGGCCCUUUACAACGUGCCAAUCCUGGUUUAGGACUGGCCACUCCUCCCAGAGCUAGACCCCCCCAGCCCUUCUGUUGGCUCCCGUUCAGCACCUCAAAAUGGCCGCCUCUCCUGUAACGCUGGGCUAAACCACAAACACUGUCAUGGUAUUCCUGACCCUCCCUUCUGGUGGGGUGGUACAGGAGGAAGGCAGGCCUCUGUCAUUCUCUUUACUGUGCUGAAGAAGACAUCUCCUUGUCAGCUUGAUCUCAGGGUAGGAGAGACAACUUUAAGACUUAACACAGCUCUCUUGGUCCUGUCCUUACAUUGCGGGAGCUGUGAAAGUCUUACACUAAAGGCCCGCUGUGCGUUAGUCGGCACAGACCUUACGGCCAAGCGGGGAAGGGUUAGUAAUGGACUUCCUUCCCAUUAGGUGGCCUGCUUGUUAUGUCACAACCUAGAGACCCACUCUGCAUGCAAGAGAUGCCAACUUAACCCUAUGUGCCAAUACAAGCAGUCCCAAGUCAAGACUAUCUUGAGAAAGAACUCUUCUCCCAGUGUGGGGGAUUGUUGAGAACCUUCCGGAGAGAGCGAGGGGGACAGGAGGGAUCAAAACGGGCAGCGACACCUCAUCUCGGAACAACUGAGAUCAUUUGUUUUGUUUGGCUUUUCAUGGGGGAAUGCCCCGUUAUGGAGUAUAUCUCUACUCAGUUGGUGGUUCCAGUAUGCUACGGUGCACAGUUGAUGGGUAAUCCCGGGUACAUAUUUUUUUAAACCAAAAAUUAAAAUCGCAUUUUAAAACAUCAUUUUUAUGACGUUUGACAAAAAAUCUUAAUCUAAACUGAGGAAAAAAGACAAAAAAAAUAUAUAUAUGUAAAAAAAAAAAAAAAAAAAAAGCUCUGCACUUCUAGCUGAAAUGUCUCCAGUUAACAGCCUCUGCUUCCAUCCAUCCCGGGAGCGGACUGCAGGCUGGGGUGCCUUUUAAGUGGAUGCUGUAUUUAUCCUAUUUGUUUGUGUUCCGCUCAAAGUGGUCUCACAGAACUGUACAUUUCCACAGACCAGGAUAGCUUGAGCCUCACUGUAUCACCCCCUACAUCUCAAGAGGUACAAAGUCUUAAGAGAAUUUAAAAAAGUAAAUGAAUAAACGGAGAGAGAGGGGAAGAAGGAAAAAAAAAACGAACAGGAAAAGGCUACCUUUUAGGGACAUGCAGUCCUGCAGCACACUAGCAAAAAUCACUAUUGCCUGUUUCUGUAACUGCCUUGAUCCAAGCUCAGACAGACCCAUCCCCCUGGUCAUCCAGGCAUCCUGCUCCACAGUGGUGCCACACCAUGGUGCACCAGCACUGAGAGGUACUCAGCCUCUCAGCAGCUCCACUAUUGAGUACAGUAUACAAGACUACGGUGUGUGGUAGCACACCUAUGACACCUUGAUCUCAAUCUUAAGUUUUUCCUUUGCAAAAGUCUGGGUUUAAUUCAACUGAAGAUGAGCAAUAUGUAUUCCCACCCCCACCUCCUCCCCUCCCAAGCUACGUGAAAGUACGAAGGGAAGAUACAUGGUGGGGUUUAAGUGAUACUUGAUGGAUCAAGAGAAAUGUCUAAGUGGAUAUGCACGUUCUGAUUUGAUGAAACAUAUUACAGUACCAUUAAGUGCUAGUACUGUAUUGGUAUUUGUCCUUGGACUAAGUAGAACUACUCAACCUGAAAUCACCAGUUUGAAUGCAUACUUUACCCAGUAGAGAAAAAGAUCAUAAACAUAUCAAAACAAAAAAUAUUAAAACACAAAUACUUGAAUUAAGGAGCGCCAAUAACGUAAUGUGAAGUCUUUAGUAUUUUUUUUUUGUCUGACUUGUACACUUCCGAGCUUUUCGAAAACAUCAGUACAAAAUAUUGCAUUAAGUUUUAAACAGAUUAACAAUAUCGGAAAGAUAAAUGCAAAAAUCAUUGAUGUGUACUUGAAAGUCAGGUGUGUAUGAAUGUUUGUGCAAA